GAAAACAUAAAAAAGUCAUAGGUUUGCUUGAAAAUGAAGUUUUCUUAAAUGGAUGUCAGGAAUGGUUACAGCAGCAAUCGCCAGAGUCCCGCUCUCCUAGGGCUCUAAAGAUGCAUAUUGAAGAAGCGAUAUUACCAAAAAUAGAAAAUGCCAAAAAUACCAUCUCAGAAAAAAUGUGUCGAAUAUAUAUGCAUGCUUUGGGGUACAAGUAUGAUGAGAGAAAAAAAGGUGUGUAUUAUGAUGGGCAUGAGCGGCCCGAUGUAGUGGCAUAUAGGAAAGGAUGGUUAGAAAGAAUGUUUAGGUACAAGAUGUAUAUGAAAGACUUUGUUGGUGAUAUGCUAGAGAUAGUAAUAGAGCCCGAACUCGAAUCUGAUGAAAGAGAACUGACCAGAAAAGAUGAAGAUGUUUUACGUCCAAAACACAUGGGACGUUCCAUAAUGGUUUCAGCUUUUAUGUGUCAAUGUCAUGGGGUUACUACACCUCCGGAUUUCUGUGAACAGCAAUCAAUUUUGGAAGAGGCGCUUAUUAAGGCAGGGCAUAUUUUUGAACGAUACCCAAAAUUCUACUGUGAAUGCAAUUUUAUUGAACGAUACUGGGGUUUCUUAAAACGGGAACUUAGGGCAUCAUGCAGCUAUAACUAUAAUGACUUACUAAGACGAAUUCCAGAAGUCCUCAACAGCGUCCCAACGUCAACUAUUCGAAAGUAUGUUACUCCUACCACACAUCACUUGGCUGCUUCAAUAUUAGAUCAAGUCCCAGUAGCAUCUCA